CUUUGUUUGUGUCACGCAGAUUGUAUGUUACUGAGAUGUGAAAUUUAACGUUUUCCCGCUUUUCUUCUAUAGUCAAGCAAAAUCCGCCAAAAAUGUUAGACAAUCACACAAAACUAUUGUAUAAUCAACAGGCAGGAUACGCAAAAUGGAACGAUUACGGCGUUAUUAUGUCGCGUUAUUUGUGCAAAAAGGAGAAUGCAUACACCCAACUGUUGGACACCGGCGAAAACGACGAAUUGACAAGGGACACGCCGAUAUUUGCAUGUAAAUUCGCGCUGCAGCCGACAAAUGAACAUUAUUUGGCUUUGGCAAAUGAAGAUGGCAAACUUGCCAUUCACAACGUCCAGGACAACAGCAGGUACGGGGCGCAGAUCCACCACAAUGCGAUUUUCGAUCUGGCUUGGAUGUUUGACCAGAUGAAGUUGGUGACUGCAGGUGGGGAUCAUGCUGCCAGAUUGAUCGACAUAGGCAAUGGAGAGGUUAGAGAGGAGACUGUAUUUUAUGGACACACCAGAUCAGUGAAGACUGUUACAUUUAAGAAGGGAGAUUCCAGUGUUUUUGCUACAGGUGGCCGGGACGGACAAAUAAUCCUGUGGGACACCCGAAUGGUGCAGUCGAGUUUGAUAGGCAAACCGGACCACGCCAUUCAGAACUCGCACAUGAGUAGGAACUACACGCCCAGCAAACGUAAAAAGUGGACGCCAACGACGUCCGGCGUGAAGUCCGUUACCGGUCUCGUGUUCCAGGACGACAACACACUGAUCUCUUGCGGCGCAGGCGACGGUGUGAUAAAAGCGUGGGAUCUGAGAAGGCACUACAACGUCUACAAAAACAAUCCGACGCCGAAGUUCGUCAUACCUUACUCGGGUAACACUUCGAAGAACGGGUUCAGUAGUCUGGUCGUUAACGAGGAGGGAACUAAAUUGUACGCCAAUUGUCUAGAUAAUUGUAUAUAUUGUUAUAAUGUUAGCACAUACUGUACUGAACCCUUGAUGAUUUACAAUGGUCAUCAAAACAGUAGCUUUUAUAUAAAAUCGUGUUUGUCCAAAGAUGGGGAGUAUUUGAUAAGCGGCAGUAGCGAUGAAAACGCGUACAUCUGGUCGACGAAACGGUCCAAUCCCAUGGUCAAACUCGUAGGACACAACGCCGAAGUCACAUGCGUUGCCUGGUGUCAUUUGGACAACACUCUUGUCACAUGUUCAGACGACAUGACCCAUAAACUGUGGACCGUGGGCAACGAAGAGAAACCCGACGAUUGGGCAAUAAACGGAUGCGGCCAAGCGGAAGUUGUCCCCAGAUUCUUGAGAGCUCCAGAUAAAGAUCCUCUGAAACGUUUACCGGUUAUUCUGGAGGACACUCCUAAAAAAUUAGCGGUGGAAUGCGGAAGAUGUAACAGCUUAAUUAACAGCAAGGGAUCGUGUGAAAAUUGCAGAACGAACCGAAAACGUCGCAAUUCUGAGGAACUCCACUCCGAAAAUAAAACGACCGUUAGCGAGUUUGGACCGAAACGAUUGUUCACUGGACAAGCUAUGCAGUCCAACCAACUUUUGGCCACCAGUUUGGAUGAAGAAACUGAAACGAAAGUGGCGGAUGAAAUAAAGGAGUGUAACUCCCCUACCACCAGCAGCUACCAAGACCUCGACUACGCGCCUCCAUCCCCCACAAUUAAUCUCCCCAAUUUCGUGAAGGAUGGAUUGGCGCCUCACAUUAACUAUUCCCCACCGAAAAAGCGGAAUCAGGACUGGUUAACGCGGUUGAGAAUUGAGCGUAAAUUCAAAAGGGAAAUGCAGGAGAAGGCGAUGGAAAAUUGUCCUUCUCCUAAAAUUCCGAGAGUGGACACUACCCCCAGCAGACGAACGUCCUCCACUAAAAGCCCGUUGUUACGGUUCUUUAAGGUAACGAACAUAAAACCUGAUGGUUUGUGUCCUUCAAAAGUACAUUCAUGUGAUAAUUAUAUCUCAAGUCCCAGCCACUAAUUGUGAUUUAAAGUAUAUAUUUUGUUUUAUGAGCAAUUUUACAAUAUUUAGAUUUUCUGGAAAUAAUAAUUUUAUAAUCUCUAAAAAGGUUUGUAGAUUGCAAUAAAAAUAGUACACAUAAAUUACCAUAAGAAUAAAGUGUGCGGUAAUCUAUUUUCAGUGAAGUCACAUCCACUUAAAACCUAAUAUAGUUUUAACAGAGAUGUUAAAAGAGAGAGACAAUAACAUUAGUGGACAAGUGUGCAGUAGAGGCACACUUUUUCAGCCUGAUAUUAUUGUGCUUCUCUUUUAAUAUCCCUGAUAACACUAUUAUUGUGAAUUUAAUACAUUUUUGGAAGAAUUAAGUAAAAAUUUACUAUGCUUAAACAAUUCAUGAUUCAUUUUUCGUAAGAAUUCAAAUUUUAUUUUCAUUGUACAAUCUUUUUAGAGAUAUUGGAUGUUUAGAACCUCGUGUACAGCGAAAGUUAUAUAUUCUCUAGAAAUCUAGAUCCCUCUAACUGGAAAACAAAUUAACAACAAACUUUACUCUUGCCAAUUCUACGGCAGUUUUCUUAUCAGAUGUUGUGAAUAAUAAUAACAUUUAUAAGUUCAAAUUUGAUAUACCUCUAAAUAAUUUACUUAUAUUGCAUAUUCUCCAGAAUAGAAGCAAAAAUUCAAUGUCAAUAAUGAGUUACUACUAUUCACACAUUAGAAAUGAACUCCUGAUGGAAGUUUUAUAAUGCUUUAUUAGAUGUAGAUCUCUAUAGUUUCUAAUUUUGUAUAAGUUUUAUAAAAUUGUAUAUAUCUAUUUAUUCCAUGACUGAGUAUGUGUUAAGUAUAUUUUAGUUGAAUUUAAGACAUUUAAAAUAAACAUGUUAAAAAAAAUUUAUGUAUUAUUUUUUUAUAUACUAAAAAUACUGAAUUUGUUUUCCAAACCUAACUGGACAUACUUAAUUGUAAAAUAUUUUUUAGUUCAAACAAAUAUUUUGGGUAUUGGAAUCCAGUUCAAGAAAUACAGCUGCUAUAAUUAUGACCACUGUUGUAUAUAAUUUGUUUAGAUGUCAAUUUACUGAAGCCUAUAUCUUUAA